UGUGUGCGUAGGACGCCCAUGAGUUCCUGACCGCUGUGCUGGACCAGUUGAGGGGUCUGUCCCUCCUGCUAAAGCCAGCCGCUCUGGACAUGCUGGGAAGGACCUACUCCUGCCCCGUGGAGGCUCACCUGCUCUUCAACAUGUUGAGAACCAGGACCUGCAAGGGAUGUGAGGGCCAGUCCUCGUCCAUGGAGGUCUUCACCAACCUGUCCCUGGACCUGGAGCCUGGAGGCUCGGUGAGCCAGGCCCUGGACAGAUACCUCACGGAGAGCUCUCUGAAGUACGCCUGCCAGUGCGGAGGAAAUACAUCUGGCACGCAGACCUGCUUCCUGAACCUACCUAACGUUCUGGUCCUCCACCUGAAACGCUUCCGCUUCACCCUCACUGGGAGGAUAGAGAAGGUGGAGGAUGAAGUCCUCCUGUCCAGACACCUGGGACUCAGCAUUGGGACAGGUGCUGAAGCUUUGUCCCUGUCCUGUUCAGAAGAUCCAAUAUCUUAUCCAGUUAUAUCUCUUGUUUCAGUAUUAUGUACACAAUGAGAGAAUAAUCAAGGCCAGACAUAGACAAAGAGUAUAUGUUGAUUGAAUAACUGAAACGAUGAAUAGGUGUAGCCUUUACUAACCCUUCAAAUGAUUUAUUUCAUACUACAGAGGCAGGGAGUGAGGAAAGCAACAUCAUGGUGAGAAGAAGAGAGAGAAAGAAUAUUUAAGAGAUAAUAAGCUAAUCAAUUAAACAAAUUAGUAUUAUUUAUAACAUGAGGUGAGAUAAAAUAUAAAAUACUUACUAAUAUACAGUAAUAUAGCUGGCUUGCCUUAAGCUUAACUUCAACCUGAACUGUUAGUAAGAUGAAGGGAGAAGAAGUACAGGAAAUGUUCUCUGUGUGUGAACCUGUUGCUGUCCUCC